AUGGCCACCAACGGAGUCAAUGGCGCUGUUGUCGAGGCGCCGCAUCAGCUAUAUGACACGAUUCUCGUACUCGAUUUCGGCUCCCAAUACACGCAUCUCAUCACGCGUCGACUACGCGAGUUAAACAUCUACUCGGAGAUGUUGCCGUGCACUCAAAAGAUAGCAGAUCUCCCAUUCAAGCCAAAGGGUGUCAUUCUUUCAGGUGGGCCAUACUCUGUCUACGCACCUGAUGCUCCUCACGUCGACCCGGCUGUUUUCGAUCUCAACGUACCCAUUCUGGGCAUCUGCUAUGGACUUCAAGAGCUUGCUUGGCACCAUGGAAAGGGAGUUGCCGCUGGCGAGCAGAGGGAAUACGGAAAGGCGCAGCUUCAAGUCUCUCGACACGACGGCAAAGGCGAGCAUAUCGACAAGCUAUUCAAGGGCUUGGAAGAUGGUCCAGUGGUGUGGAUGUCUCACGGAGACAAGCUAUCGAAACUUCCAGACAAUUUCCAUACCAUCGCCUCUACUGCUAGCGCUCCGUUCGCUGGUAUCGCUCACGACUCGAAGCACUACUAUGGCAUUCAAUUCCACCCCGAAGUUACUCACACGCCAAAAGGAACGGAAGUCAUCAAGAACUUUGCAGUCGGUAUCUGCCAGGCUCAGACGAAUUGGACCAUGAAGGCAUUCGUGGGCCAAGAGCUGGCUCGUAUUCGAGAGCUUGUAGGCGACAAGGGACAGGUCAUCGGCGCUGUCAGUGGUGGUGUGGACUCCAGCGUCGCAGCGAAGCUCAUGCAAGCAGCGAUCGGAGACAGAUUCCACGCAGUCAUGGUCGACAAUGGCUGUCUACGUUUGAAUGAGGCCCAGGAUGUAGAGAAGACGCUCAAAGAGGGACUGGGGGUCAAUCUCACUGUGGUGGACGCCAGUGAGCUCUUCCUCGGGCAUCUUCAAGGAGUUACAGAGCCGGAGAAGAAGCGCAAGAUCAUCGGCAACACAUUCAUCGACAUUUUCCAAGAGAAGGCCAAGGAAAUCGCAGCAGCAGCUGAGAACACGGAUCGUGCUGGAAAGAUUGAAUGGUUCCUCCAGGGCACACUCUAUCCAGAUGUGAUUGAGUCGAUCUCAUUCAAAGGCCCUAGCGCAACGAUUAAGACACAUCACAACGUUGGUGGACUUCCUGAAAAGAUGGACUUGAAGCUGAUCGAACCUCUUCGCGAGCUAUUCAAGGACGAAGUGCGUGCUCUUGGUACUGAGCUGGGCAUUCCAGAGUAUCUCGUCUGGAGACACCCGUUCCCUGGUCCUGGACUCGCAGUCCGCAUUAUUGGCGAGGUGACAAAGGAGAAGAUCCGUAUGGCACAGCAGGCGGAUGACAUUUGGAUCAAGGAGAUUCGCAAGGCCGGCUAUUAUCGUACAAUCUCGCAGGCUUAUGCUGCUAUCCUAGGCGCCAAGGCGGUGGCUGUGGUUGGUGACCAGCGCUUACAUGGCGAAGUGAUUGCGUUACGUGCGGUUCAGACCACUGAUUUCAUGACCGCGAACGUGUUCGUAGACGCUCCAGCAAGUUGGUUUGCUGAGGUCGCAGAUAAGAUAGCCAACGAGGUCGCCGGAGUCGCUAGGGUGUUUUACGAGUUCAGCAGCAAGCCGCCUGCCACAAUCGAACUCGAAUAG